UCCCCUUUUACCGCGAAUCUACCUCUCUUGGACUCUCUCCCGCACCGUACCGGACCUGACCAUCGCACCCAGCCUCUCUGCAGCGUUUCAUGGCCAGAUAUGUGUUGUGUGCAGCAGUGAAGAAGAGGAGACUGGGCAGAUUUAUGUGCUACUGUUUGGUCCUCAAGGGGGAGGAGCCAGUUGUUGAUUCUACGCUGCAAAGAGAAGGCUCCGCACCGAGAGAGGGUACGGGACUGCUCGUGGUGAAGAGGAGGCCUAAAGCGAUGACGGCCAGUCGGCCAGUUCAGGACUAGCUCAGUCUGAGGGAACCGCACUGGAGGUGGAGGAAGAAGAGGAGGAGGGUAAGAAGCCCCGAAGAGAGACAAAGUAAAUCCCAUGACCAGACCUCGGGAAAGGUUCCAAAUUAGUGAUGUUCCCCUCGGGCAGGGAUCACCUCCUCCCUGUCGUCUGCCUCUCCAUCUCUCCCGCUCUUCCUCCCUCGCACAGCAGAGCAGCCGCCCAGCUCCAAGACUCUGAGCCGUGAGAGCUCCCGCUGCACGCCCACCCACCCACCCACCCACCCACACACACAACUCACACUCUCUCUCACACACACACACACACACGCACACACUUUAGCAUCCUGCUCAUGGUCGUUGGCCUGUCCUCCUCAGCUGCUGCUACUGCUCUAGUCAUAGACCAUGAAGAGGCCCAAGCAGCAGACGGGGCCGCUGAGCUUCCUGAACUUCUUCAGCAGGAAGCCCAAAUCGGAGGCAAAGCCCGAGAGGCCAUUGGAAGCCUGGCCCAGAGAGGAGGUGGCCCUCACCCUGACCCCGAGCGAGCGCCCCGAGCAGGACCUCAGCCGUACAGCAGAAGAGGCUGGAGGAGAAAGAGGAGAAGGAGGAGGAUCGGCGGCGGCAGGCGAGGACGGUGCCGCCACAGCUGAGUGCGUGGGCGGGGUCAGCAGCGGCUCCACCGGCGUCCUGUCCGUCGCCUCCUCCAGCCAGGAGCAGCUUUUGGAUGAACACCUGGAGGAGUGCCCGCUGUGCCUGCUCAGUCAACCGCGAUGCCACUUCCCACGACUCGCCUCCUGUUCCCACCGGACGUGCUCCGACUGCCUCCGCCAGUACCUGCGCAUCGAGAUAUCGGAGAGCCGCGUGUGCAUCGCGUGCCCGCAGUGCCCCGAGACGCUGGCGCCGCUGGACGUCCGCGCCAUCCUAGAUGACCGGGCGCUGCUGGAGCGCUUUGAGGAGUACCAGUUGAGGCGUUUCCUGGCCGCUGAUCUGGAUACGCGCUGGUGCCCUGCGCCCGACUGCAGCUAUGCGGUGAUAGCUCACGGCUGUGCAGAGUGUCCCAAGCUGAGCUGUGGCCGUGAGGGAUGUGACGCAGAGUUCUGCUACCACUGUCGCCAGCUGUGGCACCCCAACCAGACGUGCGAUCAGGCCCGGCGCCAGCGAGCCCGCCACACCUCGAGCGGCCACGAUGCCUCCACGCUGUACGUCUUCAAUGAAGAACCCGGAGGAGAGGAGAUCAAAGCGUGCCCUCGCUGCGGUGCCUACAUCAUGAAGACCAACGACGGCAGCUGUAACCGGAUGAACUGCACUGUGUGUGCCUGUCAGUUCUGCUGGCUGUGUAUGCAGGAGAUUACCGACGUGCACUACCUCAGUCCAUCAGGAUGUACAUUCUGGGGGAAGAAGCCGUGGUCUCAAACCCGCAAGGUUCUGUGGCAGGUGGGCAUGUUGCUCGGGGCACCGGUGGUCAUAUCCCUUAUAGCGGGCAUCGCCAUCCCAGUCAUCAUUGUGGGCAUACCAAUCUACAUGGGCCGCAAGGUCCAUGGUCGCUGUAAGAAAAACAAUAUCUCAGGAAGUAAGCACUACUUGACUGUGGCAAGUGGGGUGAUGAUGUCAGUGUUCGUGUCGCCGGUCAUAGCGGCUAUCACUGUGGGUGUGGGUGUGCCGCUAAUGCUGACUUAUGUCUACGGGGUGGUGCCCAUGUCGCUCUGUCGGAACGGUUGGUGUCGACCGCAGAGUGAGCCCCCCGAAGCACACAAAAUCCAACUGGAGGACUUAGCCAGCUAUCUUCUAUUCUCUCAUGUAGUCAGUGACCACUGGCCGGGUCAGAAUAAGCCAACGCCCAGCGACACUAGCGUCCAGGAAGUUCGAGUCAGUGUACAGGAAGUGGGCGUCCUCCCCAGUACAAGCGCCACGUUCCCGGAGCUGGACAGCUAUGAGGAAUUGGAUGAAGCCACAAAACACCUCGGAUGCACCCAGCAGGACAGCCAAUCAGACUGCCAGGUGGUUAUUGUGCCCGACAGCAAGCUCGAUGACACACAAGCACUUCCUUUGAGGGAAGGAAACAAUUUUGAGGUCCGUGUGGAAAUUGAAACCCAUCCCAGAGGCGCCCGCCAGUCCAGCCUAAGUAGCAUCCUGUCUGGCCGGAGCUUGUCAGCGGAGUCCCUGGGACACUCGCAGUCCCAGUCCCGAGACUACCUGUGUGCCUCAGAACUGGAAGGAAGACGAGAGGGGGAAGUAGGAGAGGAGCAGGAGGGAAGAGAGAAACCAGGAGGGCAAGCGGGAGGAGAUGAAUGGACAGUUUCCCCAGUCUUUGAAGUAGACGGUGUAUGAGGUCCUCCAAUGCAGGCUUUGUACUUGGUUGGAGAUUUUAUGGAAAUAAAGAAAUCCAUGAGCUGACAUGUCACUGGAUUGACCUUUUAAAUCGUUGGCCAAGGCCACCUCCUGCCUCCACGACCGGCCCUCCCACCAGUUGCCUUCUAGCUCCAGCCUCGAAGGAAGACGCGGGUUUAGAGAGAGCAAAUGAAAACGUGUGUGUGUGUGUGUGUGUGUGUGUGUGUGUGUGUGUGUGUGUGUGUGUGUGUGUGUGUGUGUGUGUGUGUGUGUGUGUGUGUGUGUGUGUGUGUGUGUGUGUGUGUGUGUGUGUGUGUGUGUGACAAUUAGCAUGAGACUGACAGAGGAGGAUAGACUGUAAAGCAGACAGGAUAGCAUCCAUCAUUGCAUCAUCUUAAGCGGAAGUGACUGAGAGCAUGUUUUUUUUUCUUUGUUGUCCUUGCUGAAAGAGACUACCUGACAGCCCCAUCUGUCAUCCAUCUAUUUCAUAAGACUCUCUCUUUGUCUGGCUGUACUUCACUUCUUUUAGUGACCUCUCCUCCCUCCUCCCUCUCCCUUUACAAAUAAAGAGACACCCACAA